AUGUCGAAGAUAGAUUCUAGCACUUCCAAGCCGGGGCUUGACGACGAGACCAUUGUGCUCCAGGACUUGAGACUGACCGGGUCGCUGAGUGGAGUUGGUGGUGCCGCCGCAGGCCGUGCAUCGAGACAGAGCGGCGGCAAUGGCCACAGAGACAUUGAGGCCGCCCAUGGAACCACCUCCUCUGUUUCACGUUGGACCAACUUCAAGGAUUCCUUCAGAAGGUAUGAGGACCAUGUGUACGUCGAGGACUUGGAUGAUGACGACGCGUCCCUGGGCCGUGGGUUGACCGACAUCCAACGAGCCAACUUGAACACCGCCAGGUCACCACUCAAGCGGAAAUUGAAAGGUAGACAUCUCCAGAUGAUUGCCAUUGGGUCGUCCAUCGGGACAGGGCUCUUUGUUGGGUCUGGGGGUGCCUUGAGUACCUCGGGUCCGCUCGGGGUCAUCAUCGCAUGGAUGUUGACCGGGUCCGCCAUCUUCUGCACCAUCCAAGCGAUGGGUGAAUUGGCGGUAACGUUCCCGAUCUCCGGGUCGUUCAACGUGUUUGCCAGUCGGUUCAUCGACCCUUCGGUCGGGUUUGCCGUGGCCUGGAACUACUUCUUCCAGUUCUUGGUCUUGUUGCCCUUGGAGCUUGUGGCCGGGUCCAUCACCAUGGAGUAUUGGCACACCAACGUCAACCCGGACGUGUGGGUGUUGAUCUUUUACGUGUUGGUUGCCGCCAUCAACUUCUUUGGUGUCAAGGCGUACGGUGAAGCCGAGUUCAUUUUCCUGGGUGUCAAGGUCAUUGCCGUCAUUGGGUUCAUUCUUGUUUCGUUGGUGCUUGCCGCCGGGGGUGGGCCCACCCAUACCUACGUGGGCGCCAAGUACUGGCACGACCCGGGCCUCUUUGCCAACGGGUUCAAGGGGGUUUGUACCGUGUUUGUCACCAGUGCCUUUUCCUUUGGAGGCACCGAACUUGUCGGGUUGACGGCCGCCGAGAGCGCCAACCCAAGAAAGGAAAUCCCAAGGGCCACGAAGCAAGUUUUCUGGAGAAUCUUGAUGUUCUACAUGAUCAGUUUGACGUUGAUCUGUUUCUUGGUGCCGCUGAACUCCGACAGGUUGUUGGGAGCGUCGUCUGUCGACGUGACCGCGUCUCCCUUUGUCAUUGCCAUCCAGAAUGGGGGCAUUGGAGGGCUCCCCUCGGUGAUGAAUGCCGUCAUUUUGAUCUCGGUGAUUUCCGUCGGAUCCUCCUCCGUCUAUGCGACCCUGAGAACCCUCACGGCCUUGGCCGAACAAGGGCUUGCCCCCAAGAUCUGUGGGUACAUUGACCGGGCUGGACGUCCUCUUGUGGCCAUCAUCAUCACCAAUGUGUUUGGACUUCUCCUGUUCAUUGCCGCGCUGGGCCGUCAAACCGAGGUGUUUGACUGGUUAUUGGCAAUCUCCGGACUCUCGCUGGUGUUCACAUGGCUCCUGAUCUGUGUGGCCCACAUCCGGUUCCGUCGUGCCCUCCUGGUGCAAGGACGCAACACCUCCGAGUUGGUGUUCACCUCACAGACCGGGGUCAUUGGGCUGUGGUACGGGACCAUUUUGAACACUUUGGUCCUUGUGGCGCAGUUCUGGAUCGCCCUCUACCCGUUGGGCGAGAAGCCCAACGCCCAGGGCUUCUUCCAGAGUUACUUGGGCUUUGUCAUCUUGAUCGUGUUCUACUUUGGCCACAAGAUCUGGAAGAACAACUGGAUCUUGUUCCUCCGUGCCGAGACCAUCGACUUGGACGUGGGCCGUCGUGAAGAGGACAUCGAGGCCUUGAAGGAGGAGCUCAAGGAGGAACGUCGUAUCUUGAGCCAGAAACCGUUCUGGUACAGGUGUUACCGGUUCUGGUGCUAG